UGAAGAAGAAGAGCUGGUAAACAGACGAGAAGCAUCCAUCUUUCUUCACAGAGAAGUCGUAUUUCAGCAAAACAUCAUGGGGGCCGUUCUUGGACUGUGCUCCAUGGCAAGUUGGGUAAGUCUUUAAUUAAUUAAAAUAAAAUUCGACAUCAUAUCCAGUUAUUUAAAAAAAAGGGCCGAAUCAACUAUUUCUUCCGAGAUACCUUCGCUAGCUCAGCUGCUACAGCCUCAAUGCGCAACAAGAAAGCCAGGGUGGUUCCUCCCUGUUCAGCUGUCAGGACCUGGCGAAUUGCCUUUUAAUGAAAUAAAUUGUCCCUGGAUGAUCUUUCCAAAACAUGAACACAAUGUAUUAACAAAUUAUUGUAAAAUUAUCAUUUUAUUUGGCAAACAACCGUCAUACCAAUGUGGGUUUUGAUAGUUCGACCCCGGGUUUGUUUUAUGCAAAUUAGCGAUUGCUCUCUACGGUCUACGUUUUACAUUUUCGAUACACAGCAAUGUAGCACUACGUGAAAGCUAACUAGAUAGCCACUUUGUCAUUGAUAGCUAAACUAGCUAACUAACGUUAGCUAUCGGUACUUGGAAAUAUUUCAACACCGUCGCGGUCAAAGCAGAAUCAAAUGUCAGAUAACAGCUACAGUAGCUAGCUAUGACGUCUCCACUUAACGUUAGCCUAGUAGUGAAUUGCGAAAUGUGGGUCAUGAAAAUACACUAAGUUCAGUUAGACAAUAACAGGCAUAUGUCUGGUAUUUUUCCUAUUUAGUUUAACUAAUACUAUUCCUGAAACCGUUCUAAGCUAAAAGUGGGGCGUUAGCUGUUUGGUCAUUCUCUUCCACAUCCACUUGAUUAGGUUUGACAACAGACAUGGUCAGAUCUCUAUUCCUGGCAUGGAUUUGGUUUCCAUAGUAGUUAGCAACUUAUCAAAAACAACAUUGUUGGUGUUAUGUCAACCCUAGGUGGAUUGAUUAACUUUUAUCAAUGAAUGAAUACCUUAUUGACUUGGUACCGUUAUUCUAUUUGUUAAACCAUUCAGCGGUAGCUACACAGAUACAUAAUUCUGUCACCAUCAGUUCAAUGCUUGUAUUAUUAGCUAAUUAGUUAAUCAUUUUGUCUUCCCUGUAGAUCCCCUGCCUGUGUGGCACAGCCCCCUGCCUGCUGUGCAGAUGCUGCCCCAGCGGGAAUAACUCCACCGUCACCCGACUUACCUAUGCCUUCUUCCUCCUCCUGGGUGUGGGCAUCGCAUGCAUCAUGCUAAUGCCUGGGAUGGAAGAGCAACUCAAGAAGGUACCAAACUUUGUGGUUAUGUGUUUGAUAUACAACAUUUACACUGACUGUAUAAAACAUUAGGAACACAUUUUACAUGUUUUUUUUACAUUUGUCAUUUUAGCAGAUGCUCUUAUCCAGAGUUAGUGAGUGCAUACAUUGUUUUCCCCCAUUUAUUUUUUUUAUACACCUUCCUAAUAUUGAGUUGCACCCCUCCCCCUUUGCCCUCAGAACAGCCUCAAUUCGUCGGGGCUUGGAAUCUACAAGGUGUUGAAAGCGUUCCACAGGGAUGCUGGCCCAUGUUGACUCCAAUGCUUCCCACAGUUGUCAAGUUGGCUGGAUGUCCUUUGGGUGGUGGACCAUUCUUGAUACACAUGGGAAACUGUUGAGUGUGAAAAACUCAGCAGCGUUGCAGUUCUUGACACACUCAAACCGAUGCUGCUGGCACCUACCAUACCCAGUUCAAAGGCACUUAAAUCUUGUUGCCCAUUCACUCUGAAUGGCACACAUACACACAAUCCAUGUCUCAAGACUUAAAAAUCCUUAUUUUACCUGUCUCCUCCCCAUCAUGUACACUGAUUGAAGUGGAUUUAACAAGUGACAUCAAGAAGGGAUCAUAGCUUUCACCUGGUCAGUGUGUCAUGGGAAGAGCAGGUGUUCCUAAUGUUUUGUGCGCUCAGUGACAUCUAAUUCUAUACAUUUUUUAUUCGCCUGACUAAUUACCUGUGCAUCUUGGCUCUUGCAGAUUCCAGGAUUCUGUGAUGGGGGAAUGGGUACAUCAAUCCCAGGUGUGGAGGGUCACGUGAACUGUGAUGUCUUGGUCGGCUACAAGGCUGUGUACCGCGUCUGCUUCGGCAUGGCCAUGUUCUUCCUGCUCUUCUCCCUCCUCAUGGUCAAGGUCAAGAGUAGCCAGGAUCCUAGAGCUGCAGUACACAACGGGUAAAAAUGGCACAGCGAGUCUUAUUAUUAUUAUUAUUAUUAUUAUUAUUAUUAUUAUAAUCAUAAUAAUGGGUAAUGACGAAAUCAAUAAGCUUAUAAUACUGCAAGGGUAUGUGUUUAUAAAGAAGUUAAAACAAAGGUCAGACAGUUAAAAUACUUUCUUUUUAGGUUUUGGUUCUUCAAGUUUGCUGCUGCGACUGCCAUUACCAUCGGUGCAUUCUUCAUUCCAGAGGGUGCCUUCACAACUGGUAACACCCCUUUUCAUUAAAAUAUAUUUGUCGCAUGGAAAUAUUAGCGUAGCCUGCAGCUCUUUGAAUGUAGUUCACACUUCGCCCUUCUCUCCCUUAGUUUGGUUCUACAUAGGAAUGGCUGGAGCUUUUUGUUUCAUCCUGAUCCAGUUGGUCCUGCUGAUUGACUUUGCCCACUCCUGGAAUGAGUCCUGGGUGGAGAAGAUGGAAGAGGGCAACUCUCGCUGCUGGUAUGCAGGUAUGCGAAUCAACAUGAGCUUCUCUUUGAGAAUACCUUGUGGAAAUGGUGACAGGUUGAGUUAAAGCAGUCCUCUGCGUCUACUCUUCUCUAACCUCCGCUGUCCCCAUUCUCCAGAAAUAACCAGUAAGUGUCAUUCCUCCCCUGCAGCUCUGCUGUCUGCUACAACCAUCAACUACAUCCUGUCCGUGGUGUCCCUGGUCAUGUUCUAUGUCUACUACACCCACACCGACGGCUGCACUGAGAACAAGGCCUUCAUCAGUGUCAACAUGCUGCUGUGUGUGGGAGCCUCAGUCAUGUCCAUCCUGCCACAGAUUCAGGUAAGGAAGUGCAUUGGACCAGCAUGUCACCUCACACUCCACUUUGUAGCCCUUCAUCUCUGGACCUUCAUGUUAUAUAAUAUGUUCUAAGACAUUUACAUCUUUGUGUUCUCUCACCCCUUUUCUCAACAGGAGUCCCAGCCAAGGUCCGGGUUGCUGCAGUCUUCCAUUGUGACUCUGUACACAAUGUAUCUCACCUGGUCUGCCAUGACCAACGAGCCAGGUGAGGAUUUGAAUGAUCCAAUGUCUCCCUUUUCAAUACACCAAUCAGUGGCUAGCUCUUCAUCAAGACAACAUGAGUGAAUGUGUUGGUCUUUGCCAUCUACAGACAGGAAAUGCAACCCAAGCUUGCUGGGUAUCAUUGGCCUCAACAGCACCACCCCAGCUGGCAAGGACCAUCCGGUUGUUCAGUGGUGGGAUGCCCAGGGCAUUGUGGGGCUGGUCCUGUUCCUGAUGUGUGUUCUAUACUCAAGGUAAGGAAACAGGUCAAACUCCAACUGUCUGCAGUGUUCUAUAAUAAGGAACUGCUAAUGUUAUUUUACCAUUUACCAGCUUUGUGCAGUUGCCAUUGACCCUGACAAUAACAUGUUAUCAAUUCACUCCUCUAGCAUCCGCAACUCAUCCAACACCCAAGUGAACAAACUGACUCUGACCAGUGACGAGUCUGCCCUGAUCGAGGAUGGCCCCCACCCUGAGAACUUUGACGCGGAAGACGGCGAGAACCGGGCAGUGGACAACGAGAAGGACGGGGUCACCUACAGCUAUUCCUUCUUCCACUUCAUGCUCUUCCUGGCUUCCCUCUACAUCAUGAUGACCCUCACCAACUGGUACAGGUGUGUAUCUCUUACUCUCCCUGGUUGAUCUGGUCUGAUACCAUGAUAAUUAGGCAAUUGCCAUAAUGAGUCUGCAGCCUAAGUAUUGGAUAUUGUGAACAUAUACACAGGUCACUCAUUUUAAGAGGUCUCUUGUUUUUGAUUUCCCCAGCCCUGACUCCAGCUAUGAGACAAUGACCAGCAAGUGGCCCUCUGUGUGGGUGAAGAUCUCCUCCAGCUGGAUCUGCAUUGCCCUUUAUGUGUGGACCCUGGCGGCCCCACUGGUCCUGGUCAACCGAGACUUCGACUGA